CGCAAGUUCCAGCCUGCUGCACCUAUCGUGGAUAUCGAAUGCCGGAUGACGCCACGAGGUUUGCGAGCAACGGCGAAGGUCUGGACAGACCCCCUCGAUAAAAGCAGAGGCUAUAUCAUACUAGCUGAAGCUCGAAAGACACCUACAAGACGGCAGACAGUUCUGGUCGCCCCUAUCAUAUACACAAGUCUAGCUCGAGAUCGGAAGUAUGCUUCGGACUACGUUCGCUACGUAAAUCCUCUCUGGGUUAGAUCAAACAUUACCAAAUCAGCGGUUCCAACUUCAUUAUACUUCAUCAGAUAUAUAGGUCCUACUAAGCGACAACGAUCUCGCUCAGUAGAACGCACUUUCAUCCUAGAGAUACAAAGGCGUACAGAGCCGUACUCUCGAAACUUGGUACUAGUUGACUACCGCACCGCAGGUCGAAAAGUCCCACUCGAAACGGAGCUCGAUCUUUCCGUCUACGAAUCUCACGAGCCGCUUAAUCUUAGGUUUACGAUAUAGCUAGCGACUGCCAGAAGCAAUCGUCGAUAACUCACAGAGAUCGAGCUCCAUGAUGGAUCAGGACGUCACAUCGACCGUAGUGUGAUCAUUACGACGAGUCUAUUUUCGAAUUACUAGCUAGAUGUUGGGGACGAUGACCAGGACCACCCGGCGACUAGUUGAAUAGAACCACCGGUGAUACGAUCCAUCUGCGCUGCAUUCAUCGAUGAAAGCGCAUAAGGUUAUUGAGAAGACGUAUAUGUCUAAGAUAUCAUCCUGUUUAAGACUAUGCGCCGCAGCCUCCGAACUUGAACCCAGAGAUAGACCCGCUAAUGACACCGAGCUGGAACCAGA